UUUUGUGCUGAUCAGAAUAAAAUAAUGCGCAGCUAUAAAUUCGAAGUUUAUGUAAGAUGAAGUAUAUCACUUGUUUUUUCUUCGUUUUCACAACUGUAUCCCUUAAGGGGUAUCAGCUCAAAGAUGAAGACCUAAAAUGCCGAUACCGAGUUCAUCUACCAACAGCGUCUUGGCACACAGCUCAUGCCGUGUGUAGGAACAGCGCCCAGGAAUUAGUAAGAAUUGGUUCAAUAGCUGAUCGGGACUUCAUUCAUGACGUUUUAGGUGCCGCAGAUCAGAUGAUGGCAGCAGGACCGAUAAAAAACAAUUAUUCUGAUGUUUGGAUUGGAGCAAUUAUGCGGUCAUCAAGCAAUGAAAGCUUGCACCUGAACUGUAAACCAUUCAAACUUGAUGUAAAAAAAACGGAUCCAAGACCAAUAGAUGAAAUCGUGUGCAUCUACUAUAACUUUACAGAUGGAAAAUUUUACCCGGAUUCUUGUACCAAGAAUAAGACUUUUGUUUGCGAAAACAAAAGCAAAGUCAGAUUCCAGUGUCGUCACCCCUUCCAAUUUCGUCGCAGACCAUUCAAGUUUGCGAAACUCAUUUACAGUGCAAAUAUACUGGUAUUUACAGCCAUUAAGCAUCCCGGAG